GCUAAGCCUUUGCUUUGUUCCCAUUGAUGUGACCACAAGCAUGACGGCUUAGAACAUCAAAGAAUGCCAUCCGUCGGUACUUCAGUCGCUCUUUUGGCCGCAGUGGCCUCAAUCUCAGCCUCACCUGCACUUCAAUCGUUCCUUGGUCGAUCAUUGAGUUCAUCUUCCACCAUGUCCACAGUCUUCAAGCUAUUCGCAAUCCUCUAUGUGGUCUUGAACUUUAAGAAUUUGCCGGGAGUAUGGCACAUUCGCGUCUUCAGAGGAAUGAUCUACCAGCUCUGGUUCAACCGGAAUUAUCUGAAAACCCCGAAACAUUUGUUCACUCCCAUGGUUACUGAAUCGACGAAUACAUUGAUGGACUGCGACUACAACAUCCACAAGAGUAAUUCCACAUAUUUCGCAGAUCUUGAUGUUUCUCGUGCGCAUGCCCUCAGUGCUGUCAUCCGGACUGGCCUUACUCGGCUCAACAAAGGUGACCAGGAAGGCCUUGAGAAGUCUACGAUUGAGACCAAGGGCCGCUAUGGCGUCGCGUUGGGUGCCGUCAGCUGUUUUUUCCUGCGUCAGAUUGACCCCCUGAGCAAGUUUGAAAUCUAUACUAGAGUCCUGAGCUGGGACCGCAAAUGGUUGUACUUAAUAUCCCACAUCGUGAGGAAGGGCGCCAUCAGGCCCGAAUCCUACGUCUUGCAGCCAUGGAAAAACUCAAAGCGAAAACCGACCGAGGCCAAGCAGGAUGCCAGAGAUUUCAACAAGAACAUCUACGCUACCAGUGUGUCCCGUUACGUUUUCAAGAAAGGCCGCCUCACUAUCAACCCGGAGCUUGUCCUGGAGCGAUCUCGCUUGCUGCCUCCGCGGCCUUCCGGUGUUAGCUUACCGCCUCGAGCAGAAGCCUCGAACGGUGAUGUGGCCUCCGCGUCCUCUAAGCCUGGCGUCCUGCAGGAUAUUUCGGGCCCGGAGAGCGCUGCUGGUGUAGUGGCAGCCAACCUGACCGUUAUCGAGGAUGGGGCCAAAGUUUUUCAGGACGAGUGGACUUGGGAAGACAUGGAGGCUGAGCGGCUGAGGGGACUCAAAUUAGCCGCACAUCUGGAUGCUCUCAACGACUGCCAUGGCGAGCUCAGAGCUGACGAAGUCUUGGGCAAGUAUGGUGAUUACUGGUGAGCGGCUCGAGUACCAUAAUCAAAGCGCAGUCUGGCACAAUAUUUAACAGAAGGCGGGAUAGAGGGUGUUUCGCAAUCAUGAUGCAUAUCGUUCGAAUAUUGUCGCCGGGGCCGAUACACAUAAAGCCUGAAUAGAUAGAUCUCUGCAGUAUGGCGCUUAAUAGGCAGGACGUACCUUUUUAGAUUAGAUUUUAGACCACACAUUGCACGAAAUUUGCGUUCAUCGUUUGUGAACCCCGUUUGCAAUGGGAUGCUCGAGUAAGACCACACUCAGAGCAACUUUGUGAUGUGAUCUCAUUGCCUGAAUGGCUACCGUUUUAAUAAAUUUGCAGUUGCUCAAUGCUACAGCAAUUCCACGCGUGCUAAUCUUACAUCGCAUGCCAGGCAUAUGAAUCGUCACUCCCUGCUCAAUUCAGAAAAUGAUCUGCCCCUCAGACUCCCUAGAAAUGCUUCGCGAUUUGAGAUCGCGUGAAUC